AUGAAUAGAUAUAUAAGUAUAUUAGUAUUUGCGAUACUGUCGAUAGUAUCAAUUACCAGUGUUAGAGGACAACAAUUAAUCUCACCGUCCAAUGAAAAUCUAUUAUAUAUGGGUAGAGUUGACAGCUCCUCGAAUGAUGUCUACUAUUUUGAUUGGUCAGGUGUCGGAAUUUCGAUGAUUAUCACUGGCACGGCAACUCUAAAAGUUUUGAUGGAUACAAACACACCAACACCCUCAACCAACAAUAUAAAUAUGUUCACUGUUUUGAUAAACAAUGCUGUAUAUCCACCUCUGAACAUCACAUCGACAGAGAUGGAGUCGUACGAUCUCGUUAGCUAUGGAACAUUGGUGCCUACAGAGAGCUACAUUAUCACUUUGAUCAAAAGAACCGAAGCAUCACUUGGAGUUAUCGGAUUCUACGGAUUCAUGGUUGACCAGGCUGCAGUCAUUGUUUUACCACCUUCAUUCCCCAGAAAACUAGAGUUCUUUGGUGACAGUAUUACCUGUGGAUAUGGAAUUGAUGCUCUUGCACCAUGUCCAUUCACUCCACAAACUGAAAACAACUUUGAUACAUAUGAAUAUAUUAUUUCAAGACAAUUAAGUACUCAAUUACAUACAGCAUGUUGGAGUGGAAAAGGAUUGGUUCGUAACUAUGAUUCUCCAAAUAUCACAUCGACCAAUCCAAUGCCGAUUUAUCUUCCACGUACUCUCGCCAACAACGCAUCGUUAGAAUGGGACUUUGCCAACUACGUUCCCGAUGCAGUGGUCAUCAAUUUAGGUACCAAUGACUACUCUACUCAACCUUCACCACCCGAAAACCUUUUUGAGCAAACUUACAUCAACCUGAUACAGACCAUCAACAAUUGGUAUCCAAAUAAACCAAAGAUCUUCUUGGUUUGUGGUCCAAUGAUCAGCGGUGCCGUUUGUGAUUACGUAGAGUCAGUGAGUGAAACUGUCGAGUCUGCGACCUACAUCGAUCUUCAAAACAUUCUUGAUGAUUCUGACUAUGGUUGCAAUGGACACCCCAACCAGAGUGGUCAUGCCAAGAUGGCUGAAAUAGCUUAUCCAAUCAUCCAGAAAGUGAUGCAAUGGUAA